CAAGUGCAUUCGUAUUAAGAAGAAAUGUAGAAUCUAGAGACCCUCUGAAAUUUGAAUUUUAUUGUGUUUUUGUUUCGUUUUAGAAGUUUUUGUUUUGACUCAACCCUGCUCCUAAUUUUUAGACGCUUAUUAAGAUGGCGAAUAUGAAUCCAGCUGGAAUGGGAAUGCCAGGCACAAUGAUGCCUGCGUUUGGAAUGCCUGUUGCUAGUGGUAUACCCCCUGGAUUGCCUCCACAGCCAUAUAUUGCUCCUGUAUUGGAUCCUGUGACAGGUUUCCAUGCUUCACCUCUUUACAAUGCAAGUCCUCUGGCAACUUUUCCACCCAAUGCUAUUCCAACGCCAAUGGGAAUACCACCUCAAAUGUUUCCAGUUGAUGGUGAUAAAUCUUUUGUGGGUUCCCCAGGUCAAGAAAAGAAAACAGCUUGGGGUGAGCACAAAGCCCCUGAUGGAAGAACAUAUUACUACAACAGUGUAACUAAAGAAUCCAGCUGGGAAAAGCCAGAGGAACUCAAAACUCCUCAAGAGAGACUUUUGUCCCAGUGUCCAUGGAAAGAAUACAAAUCUGAUGCUGGUAAAAUUUAUUUCCACAAUGCCGUUACUAAAGAAAGCAGGUGGACAAAACCAAAAGAGUUGGAAGAACUUGAAGCAAUGAUCGCAGCAAGUGCUGCAAUACAACCCUCCUCCAGCCCAUCACUGACAAAGUCUGAGCCUUCCUCUGCUAUUGAGCAGGCAAUGCAAGCAACUUUAGCCUCGAUUGAACUACCACCACCUCCAACUAAUGCAGCUCCUGUUCAUCAAGUUCCAGAUGCACCAUCAGAACCAAUUAUUGAAGAGAAAGAAGAGCCCCAGAAGAAAGAAGUUUAUGUUUUCAAGAACAAGAAGGAGGCUAUUGAAGCUUUUAAAUGUUUGCUCAAAGAAAAGGAAGUGCCUUCAACUGCUAGCUGGGAAAGUGCUAUGAAGCUGAUUAUUAAUGAUGCAAGAUAUGGUGCGCUGAAACACCUGAAUGAGAAAAAACAAGCCUUCAAUGAGUACAAAACACAGAGAGCAAAAGAAGAAAAGGAGGAACAAAGGUUGCGUGCAAAACAAGCAAAAGAAGAUUUAGAACAAUUUCUGAUGAAUAGUGAGAAAAUGAACUCAUCAAUCAAAUAUUGGAAAGCUGACACCAUAUUUGGUGAAGAUGAAGCUUGGAAAAAUGUAUCGGAGAGAGACAGAAGAGAUUUGUUUGAUGAUGUGGUUCAUUUAAUUGCCAAGAGAGAAAAGGAGGAUGCUAAAGUGUUAAGAAAGCGCAACAUCAAAGUGUUUUCCGAGAUAUUGGAUAGCAUGCCUAAUCUAACCUUCACAACUACAUGGUCUGAGGCACAACAGAUGCUACUUGAUAACCCUCGCUUCACAGAAGAUCCUGACUUGGAAAAUAUGGAUAAAGAAGAUGCACUUGUUUGCUUUGAGGAACACAUUAGAAUGUUGGAGCAAGAGAAUGAUGAUGAGAAAGAAAGAGAGAGGAGAAGAAUAAAAAGAAACCAAAGAAAGAACAGAGAAAGUUUCCUUGUUUUGUUGGAUGAGUUACACCACCAAGGGAAGCUGAAUUCUAUGUCGCUUUGGAUGGAUCUUUUUCCAAUCAUCAGCCAGGACAUGAGAUUUGGCAGCAUGCUAGGUCAGCCUGGGUCCACACCACUUGAUCUCUUUAAAUUCUAUGUUGAAGAUCUUAAGUCAAGGUUUCAUGAUGAGAAGAAAAUUGUUAAAGAAAUUCUAAAGGACAAAGGAUUCUAUAUUGAAAUAUCUACAACCUAUGAAAGCUUCAGCACAACUAUAUUGAGUGACAAAAGAUCAGCCAAUCUUGACAGUGGAAACAUCAAGCUGACCUACAAUAGUCUGCUUGAAAAGGCUGAAGCCAGAGAAAAAGAAAGACUAAAAGAAGAAGCAAGACGACUGAAGAAAUUAGAGGCAGCAUUCAAAAGUUUACUAGCAAAGCACAGUAUAGACCUAGAUACUAAAUGGGAUGAUAUACGACCAAAAUUAGAGCAUGAUACAGCUUUUGAGAACGUCACAUUAGAGGCAGAGAGAAUUCGUCUAUUUAAGGAGCAUCUUAUAGCCAUAGAGGAGACCUGUUCACAUUAUCAUCCCAAGAAAAAGAAGUCAAAAAAACAUAGAUCCAGGAGAUCAAGGUCUAGGUCUCAUUCAAGUGAAUCUGAUGAAGAAGGCCGUCAUCGCUCAUCAAAAAAGAAGAAAAGGUAUUCAGGCUCUCGAUCACCAAGCCAAGGAUCUGAUUCUGGGAGGUCAAGGGAUGAUGAUGACAAAGGCUCCAAGAAGCACAAGAAAAGAAUAAAGAAAAAGAAACACACAUCUAGAUCACCAUCCAGAUCUGAUGUGUCAGACAAUGAAAGAGAACGUAGAAGUUCAUCCAAGGCCUCCAAGAAAAGAAGGGAAACCCCUGAGCCACCUCCACCCCCUUCAAAGCGAGACAAAGAAAGAAGUUCAAAGUAACAUACAGGGCAGGCAGUAACAAGCUUACCAUUAGUUACACUUUCUGUAAGUAUUUAAGCUAAUGCUUUUCAUCCGUUAAAAGAUUCGACCCCACUAAACAAUGUUGUGAAAUUAGCAUAGAGCCUAAAAUGAAUAUUUGCCGCCACCUGAUAGUAAGUUGACUGUCUGUAAACCAGCUUUAGGUUUGAUUGUCUGGUUUCAGCACUUGUCAGCCAGUCACUGGGACAGCUCCGAGGGGGAGAUGAGUGAACAGGAGCUUGAGAAACAGAGGAGAAUGCUGCUACAGCAGCUACAAGAAAAUGCAUAAGCACUUGCCUUCCAUUUUUCUUUACAUCAUGGAGAUAUCAAAAUUUUAAAUUGUACCAUUCAGAUAUCAAAAUUUCAAAUCCUACUAUGACUUGUAGGACCACCGUUGACUAAUUUGUUGAUGUAAAAGAAAAAUAAGGAAAUUUCUAAGUUACAAAAUGCUUCAUUUUAAAAGUGACAAAUCUGAAUUUAUUCAGCAAUAGCAUUAUUUUAAAAAUCCAACUCAACUGCUUCUAAUAUAUGAUGCUGAGUUUUAAUGUAACAUUUUAUUUUGUUUUUGAUUUAUUUUUCAUUGAAUUACCAAUGAUGGAAUGUCUAAAAGUGGUAAAGGCGUACCACAGUGUGAUUGUAUUUUCUUGUUCUGUCUGAAUAUGUAGCCCCUAUUUGCUGCGGUAGACAUUGCCCCAAGUUUGAUGUCAGAUGUAGUACCAGUUUGAUGUAUAUGGCUGACAGGUUUGUUGAAUGUCAGAUGAUUGAUGUUAUCAGUUUGUUUUUAUCAAGCUCGUUGAUUAAUCUGAUGUUAAUAAAUAUUUUUACAUUAAUUUU